CUUGCAUUCUGCAGAGAAGUGAAUGCUGCUGACUGGGUCAGUGAGAAUUCACAUGGUCGGUCACCUUUGCCACUGAAACAGACCACUGGCUCACAAGUAGAGGUUUUAAUAUCCUACUUGCAUACCAUGGGGAACCAUAUUGGGAAGAGAGAGCAGAGUGGUGAUAAUUUCUCCAAGGAUCCAGAAGACAGUGUGGUGGAGGAACAGAAGACAGGGAGUCAGGAGGUAGAGCCAGCGGCAGUCCAAGAAUCUGACGAUAAUGAAGUGUUUGCAGAUGUGAACCAGAACAAUGGCACCUCGUCUAAGGGCACGGCGGUGACUGACUCCAUGAGUACAGAAGAUCCCCCGAAUGCUGGGACGAAUGCCAAGACAGCUGACUCUGCCUCUCGCCCACACUUGGUCCGCCUAUUUUCCCGAGAUGCACCAGGAAGGGAGGACAACACCUUCAAAGAUCGGCCAAGUGAGUCAGAUGAGCUUCAAACCAUCCAAGAAGACAGUGUAUCAACUUCUGAAGACUCGGAUUUGAUGGCAUCACAGAAACUGUCUCGUGGGCACGGAUCAAAGCAAAUGGCAACAGCAAGCACCUCAGACCACCACAGGCAUGGCUAUGGAGCCCAUGGACGGCACAGGUCACAGGACACAGGUCUUCUUGAUUCACUGGGCAGGUUCUUUGGAGGUGAAAGACAUGUUCCUAGGAAGGGAUCAGGAAAGGAUGUGCAUCAUGUUUCCAGAGCAGGAUAUCUAACAUCCUCCCCCCAGAGGUCCAGAUCUGCUCACCAUGCCCAUGGUAGAUACACUGAUGAAAACCCGGUUGUCCACUUCUUCAGGAAUAUCGUGUCACCAAGGACACCACCUCCAGCUCAACCAAAGAGAGGAUUAUCCCUCACCAGAUUUAGCUGGGGAGGUGAAGGUCAGAGACCAUGUUAUGCCUCUGGCACCAGGUAUUUCGAGCACCACAAAUCAUCCCACAAGGGAUACAAGGAUGCGCAUCGGGAUGGCCAAGGAACCCUGUCCAGGAUCUUUAAACUGGGAGGAAGGGACAGCAGAUCUUCUUCACCCAUGGCUAGACGCUGAAGUUAUCAAGAUGUCCUCCAGAUUUGAUGUAACCGUCUCGAUAACCUGAAGUGCCAUUAAAAAUAAUAAUACUAGUUUAUACAUAAUAAUCACCUAGAUAGAGACACAAUCUGUCAUUUAAUGUGUGUGAGUUGUGCGCGCAGUUAGGGUCUACAACGUCCUGUUGGCAGUACCAUUUAUAAGUUUGACAAUGGUGAAGGGAAGCAUGGUUGGCAAGCCUGCUGUCUAUAUUAUUAGCAAAAAUAAUUUACUGGUAUGAGUAGCUAAUUACCUGUUUAUACAAAUUAAACCACUGUGACCUACAUGGCUUUGAUAUGGAUUACAACAGUCAGAUGGCAAACACAACAGCUCGUCUGGGAAGACGAGAUAAUAAGCUCAUUAAAACAUUUUGGAAGCCUCUGAUUUUGUUGUUGUAAUCUAAAAAUGGUAGAAGGUCACAUAAAAAAACAAAAACAUUUACAAUUUGGAUUUUUUUUUUUCCUUGAGGUUUGAGUUUUCCAGACUGCUUUUUUCAUUUUGGUUUUGAUAACAUCCAUUCUCUCUCACAUGCAUGUUUUUCUUUCAUAUUAGUUAGAGACAGCAGCUGAAAAGAGUGUUAAGGUAAACAGGUUCUUAGGUAUGUGAAUAGUGUGCGGUGCGGUUAAAAGGUCUGGUGCAGAACCACGAAAAAAGAGAGCGAGAAGGAAAAUAUCUAGGUUCAGAGCACUGUUCUAACCAGAUUAUGGGAGGAGAGAAAUGGUGAGAGAGAUGACUAUUGAAGAGGUCUGCAGCCUGCACAUAUCCACAGGGGCAUACCCGGGUACUCUGCACAGAGAUAUAUCUAACUGCAUACUUUUACAUGGAAGAUAUAGUAAUCAUGUCACAACUCAUUAUCCACGCUUUAUUCACAUAAACGGAACAUGCACACUCAAAAUGAGCAGGUGAUCCAUAGUGUUCUGAAGAAUAUUAAAUUGUUGUAGUAUUGUUGCCGCAUAGUAAUAUACUAAGAUGUACUUAUUAAGAGUUAGAUAAUUAACUUUAUCAUCUUUACUUACAUUCUAUUAACAUCAAAGGCACUGAAAAAUCAGGUGCACCAAGUGGCUCUUCUGAAUUGCACUGGUUUUAUUAUUUUUCUUUUAAUUAAGUAAAAAUGUACAUUAUAAUGAUCGUUAUUUAAUGAAUAUGAUUUUUCUUUUAUUUUUACAGUGAAUUUAAACACAUUUUGUAGGGCUGUGGUGUUUACCCAUGUUGCCAAUUAAAGAAUACGCUGUUAAUAAAUACCUUUGCUCUUGCUAGAUCUGAUAUAUAACAUUUAUCUUUAGAUUAAAAUAAAUGGCUACUUAUAUAUUCUGCAAGAAAUCAUAUGAGCUUGAAGACACACUAAUUUCUGCAUACAGCUUAUUAAAAGGUACAUGUUAGGAUCAACAUUGACAUCAUCAUGAGCGUGACCCAGAGAUUUUCUAUACCUAAGUUUACCCAACAGAAAUAGCAAACACUAUUUAUUUUAUGGUGUUAUUAAAUGUAUUGAAAUAAAAUAAUAUUAUAAUUAAA